UUCUACGUCGAUGUGUCCAGUAUUUAGUAUUUAUGGUAGUUCCAUAUAUGUUCUACUACCAAUGUGCAUUGAGAUAAGGACUAUUAAAUUAUCAUUCAUAGUACAUUCUGGUCUGUUGUGAGGCCAGUAUGGAAGGGGAGCCCAUCUCAGCACUGUGUACCCCUGCUCUGGUGGUGGAUGUGGACAAAGUGAAGGAAAAUGCCAAAAGGAUGACAGAACGCUGUCAGAAGCUGGGAGUCCAACUUCGCCCUCACAUGAAGACCCACAAAACCCUUGAGUGUGCUGACAUAAUGACGGGUGGAUCACGGAGGUGCAUCGUGGUGUCCACACUGGCAGAGGCCUCUUUCUAUGCCGACCAUGGAUAUGAUGACAUCCUCUAUGCAUACUCUCUUCCUUUUGAUAAGGUAGAACGUUGUGCAGCACUAUCAGAGAAGCUGGAUCUUUUCCAGGUUUUAUUGGAUCACCAUGAUGCUCUGGAGCAGCUCAAAAAGAGACCGCUGAGAGAUGGCCGGCUGUGGCACAUCUGGCUGAAACUUGACUGUGGCAAUGGGAGAGCUGGCAUCUUGCACUCAGAACCUCAGGCACUCAGAUUGGCUCAAGCCAUUGCUGAGACAGCAGGCGUGCAGCUGACCGGAGUUUAUGCUCACUGUGGGAACACCUACAACUGUACAGGAGUGGAGCAAAUACAGAGUGUUGCCCAGGAAACCACCAUCUUGACUCUGCAGUUCAUGGAAAAGUUGAAGUCUGUUGGCAUCACCUGUAAGUCCAGCAUUGGCUCCACCCCCUCCUGUAGUCACCCAGUCAAAGACAUGGCAAAGCUCAGCGAGGUGCAUCCUGGGAACUACGUCUUCUUUGAUGUGCAGCAGUCACUGAUUGGCUCAUGCAGUCUGAAGGACGUGGCUGUGCGGGUUUUGACAAGAGUCAUUGGACACUGUCCCCACAGGAACCAGCUGCUUAUUGACUGUGGCUGGACUGGAAUCAGUCUGGAUGGAGCUGGAAAACUUCCCACUGGAUAUGCUGUGAUUGAAGGGCAUCCAAACCUCAAGUUAUUAUCUAUGACCCAGGAGCACGGGCGAGUCGAGCCCAUCUCAGGACCGCUAGAUUACAGCAAAUUCCCCCUGGGCUCUGUGCUCACACUGAUCCCCUACCAUUCUUGCGCGACAGCUGCGAUGCAUCCAGUGUAUCAUGUGCACUCUCAAGGCCGUCUGUUGGGGAAGUGGACUCCCACUCGCGGGUGGUGAACAGCUGUUCACCUAUCACCUUGUUAGGAAAGCUAAACUCGUGGCAUCUGCAGUGUAUUUCAAAUGUUGAGGAUGACUAUUGAUGAAGCAUAUUUACUCUAUUACUGUUCCUCCGAGGCAAAAAACACAUAUCAGUACUAAUCAUUCCAAAUUAAACAUGUCAACAUGUUCCAAGAAUAGUGAUUAAAUAACACAUAGGACUUUUUCUAAUCCUAUUCACAAAAUGUUUUAUGUGAAGCAAUGUGGAAAAAAAAUAUGUAGGAAAGAAUUACAUACCUGUAUGAUUUUUACGUCU